AUGGCUGCAUUCGAUCCUACUGCGAGGAAGCGAGUCCUCCGUGUCAUUGCUGUCUCAUUACUCCUCGAUUUGAUUUCCUUUACUUUCAUUCUUCCCUUGUUCCCGAAGCUUCUCGAGUUCUACCGCGAUCGCGAAGGCCAGGUUCCUCUCGAUAGUGAUGCGCCACAAACCCUCCUUCAGAAUGUUCUAUCCGGUCUCCAUCGAUACAAGGCUUCCUUCUCCCGCCCCAUCGAGUCGCGACAUGAUAUCGUUUUGCUAGGCGGAGCUCUGGGCUCUCUGUUCUCACUUCUUCAGGCCAUUGCCUCCCCUCUUAUUGGCGCCCUUUCCGAUCGCUAUGGCCGUCGCAAGGCUCUCCUCGCCUCUAUGUGCGGUAACAUUCUAUCAGUCCUGCUCUGGGUAGCUGCCGUCGAUUUCCGAACGUUUAUCGCCAGUCGAGUCGUCGGUGGACUGUCAGAAGGCAAUGUCCAGCUCGCAACCGCAAUGGCCAGUGAUAUCUCGGACGAGUCGUCUCGUGGUGCAACCAUGGCUUUGAUUGGCGCGUGCUUCUCAAUCGCUUUUACCUUCGGUCCUGGACUCGGCGCUUGGCUGAGCACGUUCUCGACAUUCACUGCAAACCCCUUUGCUGCGGCUGCUGGCUUCAGUCUGGCUUUGAUCGUAACUGAGACCGUUUAUCUGUACUUCAGUCUUCCAGAGACGCUGCCUUCGAUGCGUGGUGCUGGGAACAAGGGUGAUGCGAAGAAGGUUGCGCCCAAGAAUGUCGAGAGAACCAACUCUCACUUCCUUCUGAACGCCAUCCACUUCGUCUUCCUGCUGUUCUUCUCCGGUAUGGAGAGCUCCCUUUCUUUCAUGACAUACGAACUCUUCUCGUUCACCUCUGGCAAGAAUGGACGGCUAUUGGGCUACGUCGGACUUGUGGCUUCCAUCCUCCAGGGUGGUGUAACGCGACGUCUCCCACCACUGAUGUCUGUGCGAGUUGGCACACUUGCAUGCCUCGCGUCCUUCAUCCUCCUGGGACAGGUUAACACGAUUGGCGGUCUGUAUCUCGCUGCAACAUGCUUGGCUGUUACAUCCGCGACAGUCGUCACUGGCUUGAACGCAUUGAGCAGCUUUGAGGCUCACGAGGACGAGCGCGGCAACAAGCUCGGUAUGCUACGAAGCUGGGGUCAGCUUGGUCGAGGUCUUGGUCCCAUCUUGUUCACAAGCGUGUACUGGUGGGCUGGCCGUGAGGUCGCAUAUGGUAUGGGUGCCACGGGUAUUGCGGUUGUUGCUGCCGCGGUGUUUGGGGGAUUAAAGACUCCCAAAGGCAUGGAUAUCAAGGGAAAGAAAGUUGAGGGCAAGGCUCAGUAA